CACUUGAAAUUGACCCGCUUAAAGAGUAUCUUUACAAUUCCCUCUCACUCUUAUCAGAAACGGAGAAGCACAAAAAUGGCAGUGUCAACAGCGACUCUAUCCAUCGGCGGCAAUAUGCUCUCUGGCCAGCUCCGGCGGUGGGAACCUCACGAAUCGAAGCUCUUUCAAAAACCAAGAAAGAAUUUUCGAUGGUUUUGCCUUAAUGAGCUCCAUUUGCUAAGCUACAGAACCAAAACCUUGAAUUUCAACCCAAGAGGAGGGUUGCUGCCUCCAUUUCAUGCUUAUGGCAAAGAAGCUGACGAUUCCUUUCUCUCGAAUGCAAAUGAAGACACUGAUGAGAUUCUCGAUGAUUUGCUGAAAAAGUAUGGAAAAGUAGUACUCAGGAAGAAUGACCAAAAGUCUCCAAGCGCUGAGCUUGAUGAUGAUGCUGAAAGCUUAUCAUUUGCUGUGGCAAUGGCCAAGGUGGCAAGUGACGUGAAGGCUGCAGAUAUAAGGGUCCUCUUUGUGAAGCCUCUUGUGUAUUGGACUCGGUUUUUCAUCAUUGCCACGGCAUUUUCUCGCCCUCAGAUUGAUGCUAUUGGAUCUAAAAUAAGAGAUUUGGCUGAGAAGAAGUAUGGAAAAAUUUCAUCUGGAGAUACAAAACCAAACUCAUGGACACUUUUAGACUUUGGUGAUGUGGUUAUUCACAUAUUCCUUCCUCAACAACGAGCUUUUUACAAUUUGGAAGAGUUUUAUGGUAAUGCAACACUAAUUGAGCUGCCUUCUGAAAACCAACAACCAUUUCACAGUUGAAAGUGACUAAUUCUGAAGGAACCAAAAGCACUGGCAGACAGAACACCAUGGUUGGAGGUGUUUAUCCUCUCCAGGUUCAGUUAGCACCACAUGCUCAUCACCUCAAUCCUUGCAGGGAGGCUGGAUCAGGAACUGCAGGGGGCGCAGUUUCAUCACUGGUAUGUAUCUUUCACUAAUCACUUGGAAUAGUUGGCAUCAGCACUAUUAUAUGUUUUGCUUGUAUUUUUCCGGAUGAUGCCCUUAAUUAUUUCCUUAAUAGGGCUUGUAGAUGUAACAGCAGCAAGCAGUUAUGCCGUCAGGCUUGAUCAGUUCUAACUCGGAUUCUCAUUACUUUCUUUUUGUCUUGUGGUGCAUAACUCUACGUGUGAGUUAUAGUCCAGAGGUUAAAUUUUGAAUUAUUGUUGGAAUCAUUAGGCUCCCAAGGCACAUC